CCCCACCAUGAAGGCACAUUUCCUUCCUAGUCUUUGCUUCUCUUAUCUGGGAGAUUUUUUUUCCCCCCAAGCAAAGCAUGAACAGUUGUUAAGUGGAAAAUGGAGGCUGAAUUUUACAUGGCGAUUCUUACCUGCUUAAUCUUUGGGAAUUCAGAGGGGUUUCAGAUUGUCCAUGUCCAUAAACAAGAGUGCCUUUCCAAAAAUAAGAGAGUGGUGGUGGGUUUGUGCAAUGGGACCAGCCAGAACCAGCAGUGGAUGUGGACUGAGGAUGGAAAACUCCUUCAUGUUAAAUCUGCUCUGUGCCUGGGCAUCUCCAGCUCUUCUCGUGGCCCUUCCCUACCAGCUAUCUCUACCCACUGCUACCAGGCACCCCGAUGGACUUGCCAUGAGCAGGAAGGGUUCCUUGAGGUGGAAAAUACCUCUCUCUUUCUCAAGAAACAAGGCUCCAAGGUAGUGGUCAAGAAGGACAGGAAAUACCUCCAUAGCUGGAUGAAAAUUGAUGUCAACAAGGAGGGAAAACCAGUGAAUGGAAGCCUCUGCUUAAAAAAAGCUGGCCUGGGAGCAGAAGUUUCGGUAAGGAGCGCUAGAAACACGGCUCCACCCCAAAUCCCCACCACUUUUAAUGCAGUUCCGUAUAGCCCGGAACACCUUACUAGGAAUACCACAGAGGCCUUCACCAGAAGUACAACAGAACACGACAGCCGCCACAGCAGACAGACACAGCACCCCAGUCUGCAGACGACUGGAAUGACUGAGACAUCUUGGGUCCCCUGGACUACUCGGCCCUUCUCCAGCACCACUGAAGAGGCUGGACUGGGGGAGCCAGUGAGAUGUAACGUCACCCUGACAGAGUCCAAGGUCUCCAGCCGGUCCGUGUCUCUCCAGUGGAGAACUUUGGGGUCACCCUGUAACUUCAGCCUCAUCUAUAGCAGUGACAUGUCAGGGGUCGCAUUGUGCCACCCCACGCGGAUAGACAACUUCACCUAUGGAUGUUACCCCAAGGAUUUACAAGCGGGAACCAUCUAUAACUUCAGGAUUGUGUCUCUGGAUAGAAGAGAGAGAACUGUAGUCUUGCAAACAGAUCCUUUACCUCCUGCUAAGUUUGAAGUCAAUAAAGAGAAGACUACUUCAACCAGUCUGCAUGUUUGGUGGACUCCUUCUUCUGGAAAAGUCACCCGCUAUGAGUUGGAGUUAUUUGACAAUAGCCACAAGAUACAGGAGACCCAAAUUCAAGAAAGUACUUCCUGGAACGAACAUACAUUUUUUAACCUCACUGCUGGUAAUAAAUACAAUAUUGCCAUCACAGCUGUUUCUGGAGAGAAACGUUCCCUUACAGUUUAUACCAAUGGAUCAACAGUGCCAUCUCCGGUGAAAGAUAUCAGUAUUUCAGCCAAAACCAAUUCUCUCUUGAUUUCCUGGUCCCAUGGCUCUGGGAAUGUGGAAAGAUACCAGCUGACGCUCAUGGAUAAAGAGACCCUAGUUCAUGGCAGUGUUGUGGACAGACAUGCUACUUCUCAUACUUUCCACGGACUGACACCUGGCCACCUCUAUAACCUGACCAUUGUGACUGAGGCUGCAGGGCUGCAAAACUACAGAUGGGCACUGGCCAGGACGACCCCCAUGGAAGUCUCAAAUCUGAAGGUGACAAAUGAUGGCACUUUGACCUCUCUAAAAGUCAAGUGGCAAAGACCUUCUGGAAAUGUGGAUUCCUACAACAUUACCCUGUUUCACAAAGGGACUAUCAAAGAAUCCAGAACACUAGGACCCCGGGUUACUGAAACUCAAUUCAAAGACUUGACCCCUGGAAGACUUUACCAAGUUACUAUCAGCUGUGUCUCCGGUGAAUUGUCUGCUCAGAAGAUGGCAGUGGGCAGAACAGUUCCAGAGCAAGUUGGGAACCUGGAAGCAAACAGCAAUGGUUCGAUAAGGUCCCUACUAGUGAGCUGGUCGCCCCCUGCUGGAGACUGGGAGCAGUAUCGUAUCCUGCUCUUCAAUGAUUCUGUGGUGCUGCUCAACAUCACGGUGGGAAAGGAGGAAACACACUAUGUCAUAGAUGACUUGGGGCUCAUACCAGGAAGACAGUAUGAGGUAGAAGUCACUGUUGAGAGUGGAAAUCUGAAGAAUUCUAAGCGUUGCUAUGGCAGGACAGCGCCCCUGGCUGUCCUCCAGCUUCGUGUCAAACACGCCAACGAAACCUCACUGGGUGUCAUGUGGCAGACGCCCAUAGCAGAAUGGGAGAAAUACAUCAUUUCACUAGCUGACAGAGACCUCUUACUCAUCCACAAGUCACUCCCCAAAGAUGCCAAAGAAUUCACUUUUACUGACCUGGUGCCUGGACGAAAAUACAUAGCUACAGUCACCAGUAUUAGUGGAGACUUAAAAAAUUCAUCUUCGACUAAAGGAAGAACAGUGCCUGCCCAAGUGACUGGCUUGUAUGUGGCCAACCAAGGGACAACCAGCAGUCUGUUUACUAACUGGACCCAGGCACUGGGAGACAUAGAGUUCUACCAAGUCUUACUGAUCCAUGAAAACGUGGUCAUCAAAAACGAAAGUGUUUCCAGUGAGACCAGCAGAUACAGCUUCCACUCCCUCAAAUCAGGCAGUCUCUACUCUGUGGUUGUAACAACAGUAAGCGGAGGAAUCUCAUCCCGACAAGUGGUGGUGGAGGGAAGGACAGUCCCAUCCAGUGUGAGUGGAGUGACGGUGAACAAUUCUGGUCGGAACGACUACCUGAGCAUCUCCUGGCUGCCGGCUCCCGGAGAUGUAGAUAACUAUGUGGUGACCCUCUCUCAUGGCAGCAGGGUAAUUCAGUCCCUCAUCAUUGCCAAGUCUGUCAGCGAAUGUUCCUUCAGCUCCCUUACUCCAGGCCGCCUCUACAAUGUGACCAUAACUACAAGGAGUGGCAAGUAUGAAAACCAUUCCUUCAGCCAGGAGCGAACAGUGCCUGACAAGGUCCAGGGAGUCAGUGUUAGUAACUCAGCCAGGAGUGACUAUUUAAAGGUAUCCUGGCUACAUGCUACUGGAGAUUUUGAUCACUAUGAAGUCACCAUUAAAAACAAAAACAACUUCAUUCAAACCAAAAGCAUUCCCAAGGCUGAAAACGAGUGUGUAUUUGUUAAGUUAGUCCCUGGACGGUUGUACAGUGUUACUGUUAGUACAAGAAGUGGACAAUAUGAAGCCAGUGAACAAGGGAAUGGAAGAACAAUCCCAGAGCCCGUUAGGGAUCUAACAUUGCGGAAUAGGAGCACUGAGGACCUUCUGGUGACUUGGUCACGAGCUGACGGGGAUGUUGACCAAUAUGAGAUCCAACUGCUGUUCAAUGAUAUGAAAGUAUUUCCACCUUUUCACCUUGUAAAUACUGCAACUGAGUAUCGAUUCACCUCCCUGACCCCAGGGCGCCAGUAUAAAAUCCUUGUCUUGACCAUCAGUGGAGAUGUACAGCAGUCAGCCUUCAUUGAGGGCUUCACAGUUCCAAGCACUGUCAAAAAUAUUCACAUUUCUUCCAAUGGGGCGACAGACAGCCUGACAGUCAACUGGACUCCUGGUGGGGGCGAUGUUGAUUCUUACACAGUGUCAGCGUUCAGGCAGAAUCAAAAGGUUGAGUCUCAGACUAUCUCCAAGCACGUCUCUGAGCACACAUUCCAUAGACUGGUGGCCGGGGAACAGUACCAGAUUGUGAUUGCCUCGAUCAGUGGGUCCCUAAGGAACCAGAUAGACGCCGUUGGGCGGACAGUUCCAGCAUCUGUCCAGGGAAUAGUUGCAAACAACGCAUACAGCAGUCAUUCCUUAACCGUAAGUUGGCAAAAGGCUGUUGGUGUGGCAGAAAGAUACGAGAUCCUGCUUCUAAAUGAAAAUGGGAUCCUUCUGAGUAACACGUCAGAGCCAGCCUCCACCACGCAGCACAAAUUUGAAGACCUAACACCGGGAACAAAGUACAAGAUUCGGAUCUUAACUGUCAGUGGAGGUCUCUUCAGCAAAGAAGCCCAAACUGAAGGCCGAACAGUCCCAGCAGCUGUCACCAAUCUGAGGAUCGUAGAGAACUCCACCAGACACCUGACCUUAAGCUGGACCACCUCGGAAGGGGAACUCAACGGGUACAACAUCUUUGUGUAUAACCCAGAUGGAACGCUUCAGGAGAGAGCUCAAGUCAACCCACGAAUCCAGAGUAUCUCUUUCCAGAACCUACUGCAAGGCCGAAUGUACAAAAUGGUGAUAGUAACUCACAGUGGGGAGCUGUCUAAUGAGUCUUUCAUAUUCGGUAGAACAGUCCCAGCUUCUGUGAGUAACCUCCGGGGAUCUAAUCGGAACAUGACAGACAGUCUCUGGUUCAGCUGGAGUCCAGCCUCUGGGGACUUCGAUUUUUAUGAGCUGAUUCUGUACAACCCCAACGGCACGAAGAAGGAAAACUGGAAAGACAAGAACCUGACAGAGUGGCGUUUCCAUGGCCUCAUUCCUGGAAGGAAGUACACGCUGUGUGUGGUAACUCACAGCGGGGACCUCAGGAACAAGCUCAUGGGGGAGAGCAGAACAGCCCCAAGUCCUCCCAGUCUUAUCUCAUUUGCUGAUGUUACAAACACAUCCUUGGCCAUCACCUGGAAGGGGCCACCAGACUGGACAGACUACGAUGACUUUGAGCUACAGUGGUUCCCCAGAGAUGCCAUCACGGUCUUCAACCCCUACAGCAAUAGAAAAUCGGAAGGACGCAUUGUGUAUGGUCUUCGUCCAGGGAGAUCCUAUCAGUUUAGUGUCAAGACCAUCAGCGGUGAUUCCUGGAAAACCUAUAGCAAACCAGUAUCUGGAUCCGUGAGGACAAAGCCAGAUAAGAUACAAAACCUGCAUUGCAGGCCUCAGAACUCCACGGCCAUCGCCUGUUCUUGGAUCCCUCCUGAUUCUGACUUUGAUGGGUAUAGCAUUGAAUGUCGGAAAAUGGACACUCAAGAAGUUGAAUUUUCCAGAAAGCUGGAGAAAGAAAAAUCUCUGCUCAACAUCAUGAUGCUGGUGCCCCAUAAGAGGUACCUGGUGUCCAUCAAGGUGCAGUCGGCUGGCAUGACCAGCGAGGUGGUUGAAGACAGCACUAUCACAAUGAUAGACCGGCCCCCUCCUCCACCUCCACAUAUCCGUGUGAAUAAAAAGGAUGUGCUAAUUAGCAAAUCUUCCAUCAACUUCACUUUCAACUGCAGCUGGUUCAGCGACACCAAUGGAGCUGUGAAAUACUUCACAGUGGUAGUGAGAGAGGCUGAUGGCAGUGAUGAGCUGAAGCCAGAACAACAGCACCCUCUGCCCUCCUACCUAGAAUACAGGCACAAUGCCUCCAUCCGAAUGUAUCAGACCGAUUACUUUGCCAGCAAAUGUGCCGAAAGUCCCGACAGCAACUCCAAGAGUUUUAACAUUAAGCUUGGAGCAGAGAUGGAGAGCCUGGGUGGAAAAUGCGACCCCAAUCAGCAAAAAUUUUGUGACGGACCACUGAAGCCGCGCACUGCCUACAGAAUCAGCAUUCGGGCUUUUACACAGCUGUUUGAUGAGGACCUUAAGGAGUUCACGAAGCCCCUCUACUCAGACACAUUUUUCUCUUUGCCUAUCACCACCGAGUCAGAGCCUUUAUUUGGAGUUAUUGAAGGUGUGAGUGCCGGUCUGUUCUUAAUUGGCAUGCUGGUGGCCAUUGUUGCCUUAUUCAUCUGCAGACAGAAAGCUAGCCUUGGUCGAGAAAGGCCCUCUGCCCGCCUGAGCAUUCGCCGGGAUCGACCAUUAUCUGUCCACUUGAACCUGGGCCAGAAAGGUAACCGGAAAACGUCUUGCCCAAUAAUAAUAAAUCAGUUCGAAGGGCACUUCAUGAAGCUGCAAGCUGAUUCCAACUACCUUCUAUCCAAGGAAUACGAGGACUUGAAAGACGUGGGUCGAAACCAAUCAUGUGACAUUGCACUCUUGCCGGAGAACAGAGGGAAAAAUCGAUACAACAAUAUAUUGCCCUAUGAUGCCUCUCGAGUGAAGCUGUCCAAUGUAGAUGAUGACCCGUGCUCAGACUACAUCAAUGCCAGCUACAUCCCUGGCAACAACUUCAGAAGAGAAUACAUUGCUACUCAGGGACCUCUUCCUGGCACCAAGGAUGACUUCUGGAAAAUGGCGUGGGAACAGAAUGUUCACAACAUCGUCAUGGUGACCCAGUGUGUGGAGAAGGGCAGGGUAAAGUGUGACCAUUACUGGCCAGCAGACCAGGAUUCCCUCUACUAUGGGGACCUCAUCCUGCAGAUGCUCUCAGAGUCUGUGCUGCCUGAGUGGACCAUCCGGGAAUUUAGGAUAUGCAGCGAGGAACAGCUCGAUGCACACAGACUCAUCCGCCACUUUCACUACACAGUGUGGCCAGACCACGGGGUCCCAGAAACCACCCAGUCCCUGAUCCAGUUCGUGAGAACCGUCAGGGAUUACAUCAGCAGAAGCCCCGGUGCCGGGCCCACCGUGGUGCACUGCAGUGCCGGUGUGGGUAGGACUGGAACCUUUAUCGCAUUGGACAGAAUCCUCCAGCAAUUAGACUCCAAAGACUCUGUGGACAUUUAUGGAGCGGUGCACGACCUAAGACUUCACAGGGUUCACAUGGUCCAGACCGAGUGUCAGUACUUAUACCUACAUCAGUGCAUAAGAGAUGUCCUCAGAGCAAGGAAGCUACGGAGUGAACAAGAAAACCCCUUGUUUCCAAUCUACGAAAAUGUGAAUCCCGAGUAUCACAGAGACACGGGCUAUUCAAGGCAUUGAGAAUGUAUCUGAAGAUCUCUUGGAUAAAAACUAUGCACUGUGUGAUUUUUUAAAAAAUUUGCUUCAUGCCCUACAGAGGUGCCAGCUAUUUCUGUUGUCGCUAUGUAUAAUUUAUUAAUCUGGAGAAUUUUAAAGAAUUUAUGUAAUUUAAAGGUAACAGAUAUUAUUGUACAUAGUUGUGUUUUGUAGUUUCUUCUGUAAAUAUGUAUUUUUUUCAUAAUGUUUAAUAUUAAGCUUUAUAUAAUACUAUGUUUCCACAGUAAAGUGUUCAUGGAUUGUUCUCCAUAAACUAAUUCAACCUGUAUAACAGGACUCCUGGUAAAACAUGUCUGGAGGGGGUUGCAGAGGCAAUCCCAUGGGCCAUGGUUUUGACCUGUUUUGAUAUUUACUGGUCAGGAUAAAGGACAGGGCUGGAGAAAGCGUGUAAGACACCUGGCUUUGCUGCAUUGCUGUUCUAGGAAUGUAGAGAUCCAAAGAUGAUCCAAAUGCUAUUUGGACAAAUGUAACAGUAAAAAAAAAAAAAGAACUGGGGGGGGAGCACGAAAGCUGAAGCAGGUGGUUAUUGCUAAACUAGUUCAUCUCUCCCCUUCCUUCUGCCAGAGAUUCAAGCCAAAGUGGUCAGUUCAGGGGCCGUGUAACUUGCAGAGAAGUCCGGGCUGCAGGAUUGAGGGUUCUGAUAGAGAACAAUCCAAACAGAAGGGAUGAAUUCCUUACAUCAAGGAUGCCUCCUGUACCCCUGACUGGAAACAAAAUCAACAUGCAAGGUGCCAUCUGUAGUGAUUGGAGAUGAUUUCACUGCAUUCAGUGUGUGAACAUACAUACCCAUACUGUAAUGAGUGUGUUGGUUGAUGUACACACAGUCAUCCUUGUCUCAUUUCUAGUGGGCUGCACUCCUGGAAAAGUCAAAAUUAUGCCAGUCGUAUUUGGUUUUCCCACUAAAAGAAGAUUGGUGUGGCAGAUUACAUUUCUGACCAAAGGACCUGAUAUUAACAUCUUUAUAGAAAUGUCCACAAACAUCAUAUGCAGUUCAUUACAAAAACAAAAAUCUGGGGCACCUGGGUGGAUCAAUUGGUUAAUCAUCUGACUCUUGAUUUCGGCGCAUGUCAUGAUCUCAUGGUUCGUGAGUUCAAGCCCCGCGUUGGGUUCUGCACUGACAGCACGGAGCCUACUUGGGAUUCUGUCUCUCCACCUCUCUCUGCCCCCGCCCCUCUCUUUCUCAACAUAAAUAAAUAAACUUAAAAACAAAACAAAACAACUCAGUGGUGCUUAACGUAAAAACUUCCAAAAGACUUUUUUAGUAAGUCACUGAGGUGAAAAUAUCAGUAGUCACCGGAAGGUGCAUUUAAUAUGAAAGCCAUUACAUACUCUACCAAAUUUAUUUUCAGUAUUUGUGCCUAUUUUGACUAUAACAAAUAUCAGUGAAUUAGACAGUAGGCAUUGCCCUCCUCAAUGUCCAGUUCUGAGGGUCUUGCCAGGGAAAAUUUGAAAGGUAUCUGUACUGAAUCCUUAUGGCUACUUGAGAAAUGAGCCAGGAUGUUUCCCUUUUUCUCACGUACAGAUUUCUCUGUAAUAAACCUAAGAAUUUGAGAUGAAAAUUGUUGACCUCACAGCUUCAACUGUAGAAAAAAUACAUUUCUUUUCAAAAUAUGUAUUUUUGCUACAUACCAUAAAGUCCCAUAAAUAAUAUAGUGGGUAUAAGUGAAAAUCAUUAAAUAUAUCCAAAAUAGUUGUUUGUAGUUAUGUAAAUUUCUACACACACCAGAAAAAUUUCCAGGGCUACUUGAAGUUUAUAAAAACAGGGAAAAACUUUAUAAGAAUAGAUGCAAAGAGUAAUAAAAUGAUUCCAAGUUUUCAGUCUCAUUGUGCUCAAUGCCCUUGUGAAAUAACAGUGUUGGGCUGUCUCAGGGAACUAGGUGGAUCUUCUAGAAAUGAAAAGAAACAAUAUAUAGGUAAGGGUGGCAGAUGUACCACCAGGAAGAAAAUAGAGGUCAGAGAUUUAUGAGAGGUAGGGUCAACUAGGAAUAACUUUCCCUGCAUUAAAAAGAAAAAGCAAGAGAAAAACAACAGGUUUUUAUACUAAUGUUGCCUGGCACAAAGUACAUUAACACAUGGAAAGAGAAAUUCAUUUUUGGCCUUUCAUUCAUUCAGAAAAGUUUUAGUAAGUGCCUAUAACCUACGAGGCACUGUCCUAGAAACAACACAUUUGUACUCAAUAAAGAAAAUGCAUCACAAUAGUAAAGUUAGGGUUGCUGUUACUAUUUCCGAUGAAGCUUGAAAGAGGGCUCUGGGGAGCCGGUAAAAUAAGCAGUCCAAGGCAGUGGCAGCCUCCCACAGAUCACACUGGAAAAGGCUAGUGCAGUCUCCAUAGCAGACCACUGGAUCUAGAAGAGAAAGCAAUGAAUUACACAAACCAGGAAUUAAAACUAUAAACAACGGACACAUCUGUAACAGUAAAUAAUGUCCACAUACCCUGGCGUGUCUGGGGUGGAAUCACAGUUAGGGAAAUGGACAUGACAAGGGGAAACUGUAUGUUCUUUUAGUCUAAUCCAGGAAAUAUUUAUUCCUACCCUCCACCUGUCUAAUUUUAAAUCUCCUUGGCAACAAAUAUUUCACUAUCUUCCCUCCUGCCGCCACCAAAGACUAAAUACAUUAUCUACUUGAUCUGUUUAUUAAAUUUAGGACAGGGUGGGAAAAAAAGGUUUCCUUGACAUUCAGCUCAAUUGGAUGUAUUUUAAUUUAAUCCCAUCAUGGGUUUUGUCUUGGUAAACACGCCAUUUCCUGUUGUGGUGGGCAUUCUGUUCGCACCUGUGUGCUACACUUGAAUCACCCAAUCUUCAAAGGGCUUUUGAGCUAUCAAAUCUUGAGAGAGUCCCGUCUUGCAUCGUAAUAAUUAUUUACUCAAGUUCUUUAUAAUUAACUCCUUUAAUCUUUACUCAUUAAAUCGAUUUCAUAUUAUCAUUCUGUUGCUCUCUGGAAAGCAGCCAAUUUUUCAGCUCUUGAAUCAGACUUUUCAAAGGCUCAUCUCCCUGCCUGGGCCUGCACGUAUUUGUCCUAAGUAAUUCACCAUCCCUGAACACUUCUGAGUCCCUCUUUCUCACGACUUGUUCCCUUCUCCUUUUUUGAAUAUGUUCGCUUUCCCAGUUGAAUGUGAUUUUACUUUCUGUUCAUCUCAUCUCCUUAAAACCACUGGUAUUUCAUAGUCUUUUCAGGCUCCACAUUAUAGAAGAGAUGACCAUGGUUUCACUUUUAAAUACUAAAAUGGUCGUGGCACACAGACACGCUGGGGACAGUUUUAUUUGGAAGGGUCUUUAAUUAAUUUUGUUAUUACCUCUUGGAGGAAAGCCCAACAUGACACGUGAAAAUAAUAUGAAACCACCAAGCAGAUGUCCAGCAAUACAAAAAUAGACCUCACAUGUUAUUCUUCACACUCUGAUUCUCUUGUCUUAGUGUCUCGGGAUCAGUUUCUUAAACACUCUCCUCAUUUUUUGCAAGAAAACUACUGGGCAUCUACUAAAUUCCCAAUUAGCUUUCUGAGUUUUGAGGUUGGAAUCCUGAGGUCCACACUGGCUGGAUCUGUAUGACUGCAAACAACAGGACCUGGUCCCCAACUCUGGGAUGUUCUAGAGUUUUAGUUCACCCAUGUGAGCCAGACCGAACCUGACCUGGCAUUGAAAAGCAAUAGAAAAUAGGCUGCUUGUUUGAGGAAGUAGUUCAAGGACUUUGCAGGUUCCAUUUCACUGAGGAAAUGAAAGUAAUUGAUCAGCCAAAACAGAGUGGCAAGAAGGAAUGGCUGUUCCUCCCCUACGUGGCUGUGAGCAACCCUCAACCCCACCUCAUUCCUGAAGAGCCACAGUGGAAAGGCCAUUAUCAGCCUACAUGCCGUGUUAAGUUUCUGAGUAGUUUGAACCAGAGGUUUCAAGUCAUAUCAAGUAUUCAAAGGAAGUUUCAUAUCAGAGGAAAAUCUGUAAACCAUGACUACAAAAAGCAAGUGAAAUGAUGCAAAGAAGGGGAAAUAUCUGAAAAAAGGGAAUCUAACCAGACAUCAUCGGGAAGAGAAAAUGGCACCCUUUCUGUGUGUCCAGACUGUUUUUUCAAAGUGUCAUGUUUCUAUGAGGAUGUAUUAUCCUUUGGGGGCUCUCUUUGACUUCAUUAGCCACAUGAUUUAGCUGAUUAAGCAACUGAAUUGAUUCAUUUAGUUUUGUGAAUUGACCAGGUGUUUGACUAAACUGAGCUUGGAAUUCAGACACACUACCUAAGAUUCUUAUAGUGGAUGAUGCCUUUGAAAGUGGCCAUUUUCGUUUAAAAUGCUGGGUAACAUUUGAUACAGCCAUGAUAAUAGCAAAAAUCUGUUCAGUUCUAAAAAUGCUUCUAGCAAUGGAAAUAUUUCUGACUAAAAGAAUACUCUUGACUUGUAGGGAGGUUCCCUAGGAAUAAAUGUAUGCAAUGAAAAUAAAGCAUUUUAUUUUUUUAAAGGUUAUGUAUACAGAUACAUUCAUGAAAUAAGGAAAUUGUUAGUGGAUGCUCUUAAUAGAGGUUUAUGUAAUGAAAACAAAGGAAUCUAUUAACAGUUUCACCAAAGAUUAUUUUUAUAGUCUCUAUGCCAAUGAUCUUAUAUAAGUUACCAAAAUAAGUUUUUAAAACUGAAUAAUGUCACACAGGUGUAAUGUCCCCCUUCUAGAAUCAUCACAAGAAACGUUAGUUAUGGCUGUUUUCUGCCUUAAGUAAUUUCUUUUAGGAAAUACCAUCUUCACCCUAACAGCAAGCUUUCUGUUACAUUUGAGAUGUAUUUUAAUAGCUGAGUGAGCAGAUAAGCAUCCCAACAGGAACGUAUGCGAUUGUGGCUUUAAGAGUUUGUAGUAACAGUCGGACAGAGUUUCAUCUGCAAGCCAGUGGGAAAGUCUGCAGAGGCCUUGGUGAAAUCUACUGUCCACCACACUGACAACCGGGUGCACCAAUGUGCUUCCCUGAAGAGUCCCUGAUCGCUGAUCUUCCAUGUGGGACUCAUUAGGCUUAUAUAAAUUCUACAAAGACAAGAAUCAGGUCUUUAAUUUCUUCUCUAUUCCUACCUUGUAGAAAUUAUGUCUUGAGUGGAAACUGCUCCUGGCCCCACACUUUGGGCGUUAGAUAGUGUCUACUAACACUAUUGUCCAUGGAGGUUCAUCUGGCUGUUCCUUGAUUGACGUGCACCUUACAGAAACAAUGUAAAUAAAUUCAGCAACUGAAAAUAUUAUGUUCUAUCAAAGAGCACUUUUAUGUUUUUAAUAUGAUGUACUCUUUCUCUGCCAAUAUGGUUAUUUAAAAUGGCAGUAGAUUUGAUUGUAUUUUUUCAUAUUAUUGCACCUCCCCACAAUAGUGUGUUUGUAACCAACUCUAUUUGAACAAAGAGCUUCAUUAGUCUUCCUAUUUAAAUUAUGUAUUUGCUUGAUAUAUUUUCACAUUUGCGACUGGUCGAAAACAUCUACCUAGUACCUUACACACCUUCUCACUAGUACCAGAAUAAAACUGCUGUUUGUUGAA